AUGCUUUUUGAACAGCUUGAACAACAACACGCUCAGCCAACACGACCACAGAUUCGAGCGGUCGACCUCACUGUGCCUUCGCCCCCCGCUCGCUAUCCUCCAUUAGCCCGAGCCACGACAGAGAGAUUCUACGCGCUGGGAUGGAAGAUUUCAGAAGAAUGGUUGAAGGACUUCGCCCGCCGAACGUGCUCUAAAGCUCGAAUCAAGCACACACAUAGUCUAAUCGUUCUCGGACUCGUGAUGCUGAAGCGGUACGCGAAGUAUGAACACAUGAACUGCUUCGUCGUGAUACCCGACAACGUCCCACUCACUGCUACCGGUGACGACUCGACCCAACCUAUCCUCGCAAUAUAG